AUGGCCUUCCGUGUCCCAGCCCAGGUUCCACGGAGAAGAACCUCGUACUCCUCCCCACAAGCCCCUCCUCCCCUCGAUAUCCCUACUCCCACUCCAGAACAGCAAACCGACGAUACAACACAAUGGGUACUGUUUUCUCCGACCGCCGAUACCCACACAAGCUCUACCGAUCGUACUCGUACAGCCGGAGCCUCUCGACUAAGUGACUUUGGUUCCUUUGGUACUGCGAUCCGAUCUACAGCCGGUCCUGAAGGUCAGGCUGUGGAUGAGGAUGUACUAGAGGACCAGUUGGACGAUGAUGGCACUGAGCUAGAUAGCUUAGAUGAUGGGCUGCAUGCUUUUCGCGCCCCAUCACUGCCCUCCGCUCCACCUGCACGUCUCGAUCAGGAAACUGCUGCUAUACUACCCGCCCAUGAUGGCUUAGGUAGCUUUCAAGCAUCCAGCCAGCUGGCGCAGGAGCAGAUCUGGCAGCACGAGCAAUAUAACCCGCAACGGCGACCCUAUGCUUCGACCCAACACCGCCGACGCUCAAGCGUCCUGCAUCAUUUGGAUACAGUGAAUGAAGGCGAGGCAGAUGUCGAACGGGAUCGCUGGCAGCGGAUCGAAGAGUGGAGGAUGGAUCAAAGUCGAGCGCUUUUACAAGAUAUCGAGCGUCAGACUCGACGGCGACGCGGUAGUCGUAUUAGUCGUUCUGGUGUCUCUGACUCUGAUGCGAUUGAUCAGAUUUCUCCCGCUCGCAUCACUGGAACACUACCUGAGCCAGCGAUCAAAUCUGAGGAAGAUCCAGAGACUGAUGAGUCGUUCUGGCAACGUAUUACUCGGAAGGUGAUUCGAGAUUUGAUUGGAAUUGACGAUUCCUUACUCUCUGUUAUAUUUGGUGAAUCCUUGCUGGACGAGCCAUCCACACCAAAGAAUUUUGAAGACCUUGAUAUGGAAACCGUUCUAGCCCGAGCGCUGGAGCCGGAGCACUCAGAUCCGCCCAUUUGGCAGAGCCGCGUCCUUCAACGGAUCGCUCACGAGCUUGGAAUCUUGGUGCAUCAAUUCUGUGAGCACCCGGGCGCUUUCACGACUUACUAUCAAAUGACCAAGGAUAUAUCCGGUGAAUAUGCGGGUAUGUCUUUAAAUCUCCUAGCGGAGAGUAAUAUUACUCAAAAAGAGACCGAGAACACGGACUCAACGUCUGUAAAUACUACGAUUGACGAUUCCAUACCAUCACCACAAUUUAAACCAACCCUCCAAGACGCGAAUCGAGAGCAUGAAGCUCAAUGGGGCAUUGAAGAGGAUGAACCUACUGCCAGUGGAGGAGACCCAGUCUCUGAAUCCGCCCGGCUGCAGUCCGAACAAGAAUACUGGGAACGCGGACUGGAUGUUAUGAUGGUUUUCCGUUAUCUUCGCACCCGUUUCGGUCGCCGAGGGUGCAUGCCAGCUGACAAGCAUUCCUCAACCCCUUCUCCCCGCCACACACAAGAUGCUUCCCGUCGAGCUGCUAUGAUCCGCCAGCACCACCCCCUUGUUGCUCGAGCUCACUCCAGAUCCCAGGCUCAGGCUCGCCGUGCGUCUCAGCUCUCUGGAGUUACAGGUCCUGUGGGCGUUUCAUCACCUUUACUUCGUCCCCAUCUUCGUCGACCUAGUUCGAGCUGCGCAAGCCAAAGUGCUAAGCUCUCGGCUAUCUCUAGUCGUCGAACUCUUACUGGAUCGAGCCGCAACUACUGGGACCUUGGCGGCAGUGUUGAUAGUAGCAGCGUCAUUGGCGUCGGAGCUGGACUCGGUGCCUGGGGCGAGACAUAA